AUGUGUUUCUACGGCAGCUACUAUGGAGGCCUGGUCUAUGGCUAUGGUGGCCUAGGCUAUGGCUGUGGCUGUGGCUAUGGCUGUGGCUAUGGUGGUUAUGGUUAUGACUGUUGUCGUCCAUGCUACUGUAGAAGGUACUGGUCCUACGGCUUCUACUGA